AUGGAGGAGGUGGUGGAGGAGGUAGUGGAGGAGGUGAUGGAGGAGGUGAUGGAGGAGAGAUUGACCCGCCGGGCUCUGGGUCAGCACCGGCACCGCCACAAUCACCACCGGCCUCUUGACCGCGAUGACUCCCGGAAAGAAGAGAGCAGAAGUGGGGCAGAGGAGGAGCAGGAGAGGAGCAGAAGAGGAGCAGAAGAGGAGCAGAGGAGGACCAGAGGAGGAGCAGAAGAGGAGCAGAAGAGGAGCAGAGGAGGACCAGAGGAGGAGCAGAAGAGGAGCAGAAGAGGAGCAGAGGAGGAGCAGAAGAGGAGCAGAAGAGGAGCAGAGGAGGAGCAGAGGAGGAGCAGAAGAGGAGCAGAGGAGGAGCAGAGGAGGACCAGAGGAGGAGCAGAAGAGGAGCAGAGGAGGAGCAGAAGAGGAGCAGAAGAGGAGCAGAGGAGGCGCAGAGGAGGAGCAGAAGAGGAGCAGAGGAGGAGCAGAAGAGGAGCAGAGGAGGAGCAGAAGAGGAGCAGAAGAGGAGCAGAGGAGGAGCAGAAGAGGAGCAGAAGAGGAGCAGAGGAGGACCAGAGGAGGAGCAGAAGAGGAGCAGAGGAGGAGCAGAAGAGGAGCAGAAGAGGAGCAGAGGAGGCGCAGAGGAGGAGCAGAAGAGGAGCAGAGGAGGAGCAGAGGAGGAGCAGAGGAGGAGCCGAGGAGGAGCAGAGACUGAAACUCAGAGUCAGAAAGAUUCAGAACUGA